AACUAUGAUUUCUACGUUCUAGGGUUUCGUAGCGAAGACGGGGGCUUCACAGUCGUCGGGGGGCGGCGCCAGCGCCAGCCGCCACAGAUCAGCGUUGGAGGAGAGUUGGAAUUGGUGGAUUUCGUGGACGCGACCUCGGCAGCAGCCCCGGCAGCUGCGUCUCUUGCAGGUAAUGGAAUCCACCACCGCCGCGGCGGUAGCGUCGAGGCAGCAGCAGCGAGGCGCCAAUGGAUCGGCGGAUUCCGGCGCCGCUCUUCCUGCGCUGGAGGAGCCCGAGUACCUGGCGAGGUUUCUCGUGAUGAAGCACUCGUGGCGCGGGCGGUACAAGAGGAUUUUGUGUAUCUCCGAGUCGAGCAUUAUCACGCUCGAGCCGGGGAGCCUCCAGGUGACGAAUUCGUAUGAUCUGGACACGGAUUAUGAGAGCGCGGCGCCGGUGGCUGGGCGCGAGGAUCCAUCACAACAGCAGGGGCUCGAGUUUACGAUCAAUGUCCGGACGGAUGGGCGUGGGAAGUUUAAGUCGGUCAAGUUCUCUUCCAGGUCCCGUGCAGCGAUUCUCACCGAGCUACACAAGUUGAAGUGGAGCAAAGGUGGCACCGCGCCGUCGGUGGCGAGCUUUUCGGUUCUUCGGCUCCGGCGAAGAUCUUCUCAGUGGUCACCUUGUGUGUUGAAGGUAACGCCCAUUGGAGUCGAGAUUCGAGAUUCCAAGUCAAAUGAUCUUUGCUGGUGCUUGGACUUUCGGGAUAUGGAUUCUCCUGGAAUCAUCUUGCUCUGUGAUGCGUACGGCAAAAAGGGAGCUGAGGGAGGAGGUUUUGUUUUGUGCCCUCUGUAUGGCAGAAAGUGCAAAGCCUUCAUCGCUGACGUAGGAGCGUCUAACGCGGCCAUAAUUUCUAAGCUGACCAAUACAGCAAAGUCCAGUGUGGGGGUCACGACUACUAUUGACUCAUCCCAGACAUUUGGUGCGCCGGAGUUUCUUAAACAAAGAGCCAGUAGUAUGGUUGGUGUAAGUGAAGCUCCUGUUGGUGAAUGGUCUGUAACGAGAAUUCGUUCCUCCGCGCAUGGGACUGUAAAUACGGUUGGAUUGACGCUUGGCUUGGGGCCAAAGGGAGGACUAGGAGACCAUGGCGAUACCGUUUACCGAAAGCUUGUUCUUACAAAGAGCUCCUUGGUCGAACGAAGACAUGACAACUAUGAGGCAGUGAGUGGUCGGCCUCUAUCGUCAGCAGCAGCUCUCGUUCGAUUUGCUGAGGAGCCCCAGAUGUUUGCUAUUGAGUUUGGUGAUGGAUGCCCAGUCCAUGUCUAUACAAGCACGUCUAGAGACAGUUUGCUGGCGGCUGUGAAGGAUUUAAUUCAGACUGAGGGUCAACGUCCGGUCGCUGUUCUUCCCAGGCUGACAAUGCCAGGACACCGUUUAGAUCCUCCCACUGGAAGAGUGCCAGUACCUUUAGUAAGCUCGCACCAUCAUCGUCUAUUCACAGAACCGGAGGGUGAAGUUCUUCAUCUCAAGCACUUGGUGGCAGCUGCAAAAGAUGCGGUUGCAGAGGGUGGCUCUAUUCCUGGAUCAAAAGCAAGACUUUGGCGAAGAGUGCGAGAAUUCAACGCCUGUGUUCCAUAUAGCGGUAUCCAAUUAUCUACGGAUGUUCCAGACGUGACAUACAUGGCAUUAUUGUCGAUGCUGCCAGCACCAGUUAAUCUACCAGCAGAAGCUCCCCCGCCACCUCCGCCGUCACCCAAGGCCGCAGGAACAUUGAUAGGUCUCAUCGCGUGCUUAAGACGGCUACUUUCGUCUUCAACAGUAGCUUCGGUGGUAAUCUCAAUGCCAGUGGCGGUUGGAAGGAUAAUGGGAUUACUGAGAAACGGCUCUGAAGGCGUGGCAAUGGAAGCGUCCUCUUUGAUCGCCAUGCUUAUUGGAGGUGGGCCUGGGGAUGGGAACUUCGGAAUCAACAGCAAAGGCGAACGGCAUGCCACCAUGAUGCAUGCGAAGUCAGCCUUGUUUGGUAACCAGCUUCACACGACCGUUCUGGUUAACAGGCUGAAGUCGCCGUCGGUCUCGACGUUACUUUCAAUGGCAGUGGUGGAAGUUCUGGAAGCUAUGCUCUGCGAGCCUCAAAGCGAAACAACAGACUCGUCGACUUUCAUCGAGAUGUUAAGACAAGUAGCUGGUUUGCGGAGGCGACUGUUCGCACUCUUCGGCCAUCCUGCGGAGGGUGUGAGGGAGACAGUAGCUGUUAUUAUGCGCACCAUUGCGGAGGAAGAUGCUAUUGCUGCUGAAUCCAUGCGAGACGCAGCCUUGCGUGAUGGAGCUCUAUUGAGACACCUGGUGCACGCAUUCUUCUUGCCACCUGGUGAACGUCGGGAAGUGAGCAGGCAACUUGUGGCGCUUUGGGCUGAUUCUCAUGCACCUGCGCUCGAUCUUCUUUCCCGUGUGCUACCUCCGGGGCUCGUGGCUUAUCUCCAUACUCGUCCUUCGGACGACGACGAGGACUUGAAGCUUGAGUUCAGUCAAGAGAACAUCUUCGGCAAACGACGACAGAAGCGGCUUCUACAAAGACGGAGGGGCCGUUUGCUACGUCCAAAGCCGGCAAUUGUUACAGAGGCAGAAAGUGCUGGGCACAAUGGCGAUUCUCAGCUUACAGACAGCAUUAUAGUUACCAGAACCAGGGACGAGACGCAUAUAAUAACGUCAUCUGCGGAUACUGUAGAACCAUCACCUGCGGAUUCGAUGCAAGCUCUAGUUCCUGCUCCGGCCCAAGUUGUGGUAGAGAGCUUGCCGGUAGGCUCUGGACGCUUGGUCUGUAACUGGCCCGAGUUUUGGCGAGAGUUCAGCCUCGAUCACAAUCGAGCUGAUCUGAUAUGGAACGAACGAACCCGGCAAGAGUUACGGGAGGCACUGACUACAGAAGUCCACCUCUUAGAUGUUGAAAAGGAACGAUCUACCAGCAUCGAGGCGCUCGGUGUUGCAGUGCCAGACGAGAAUCAGACUGCUCUGAGCCAGCUAUCUUGGAACUAUGCCGAGUUCUCCGUCCGAUAUCCGAGUCUUUCCAAAGAAGUCUGUGUUGGACAGUACUACUUGAGGCUGCUUCUCGAAGGUGGUGAAGGGUCGGAAAGCCAUGCUCAAGACUUCCCGUUGAGAGAUCCUGCUGCUUUCUUCAGAGCACUCUACCACCGGUUUCUUUGUGACGCGGAUAUGGGUCUUACAGUGGAAGGGGCCGAUCCAAGUGAACUAGUUGCGUCUGGGGACUGGUGCGAUAUGGCUGGGCUUGACGGCUUUGGUGGUGGUGGUGGCUUUUCCGUGCGAGAACUAUGUGCAAGAGCUAUGACCAUUGUCUACGAGCAGCAUUGUCAAGCUAUCGGUGCCUUUGAUGGCACCGCACAUAUCACGGUUCUACUUGACAGAACGAAUGACAGAGCACUCCGGCAUCGACUUUUACUUCUCCUGAAAGUUCUAGUCAAGGUGCCGGCGAAUGCUGAGGCGUGCAUUUCAGUUGGGGGAUGUACCUUGGUCGUGGACCUUUUGACAACUUCCCAUGAAGCUUCAGAGAGAACGUCCAUACCUCUGCAAUCGAACUUAAUUGCUGCCUCUGCGUUCAUCGAGCCUCAGAAAGUCUGGCACUAUGUUGACCUGGAAGGAAAGCAAGUUGGACCUGUUGAAAAGGACUCCAUCAGGCGGGCAUGGUCUAAGCAAGAAAUAGGCUGGAACUCAAAAUGUUGGGGAUCAGGGAUGACUGAUUGGAAGCGGCUGCGAAGUAUUCGUGAGUUGCGGUGGGCUUUAUCUGGCCGCGUGGGUAUUUUGACACCAAAACAGGUUGGCGAAGUUGCUUUGUCUAUUCUGCACAGCAUGGUUUCUGUACACUCCGAUCUAGAUGACGCUGGGGAGCUUGUUGUACCAAUUCCUAGAGUCAAGAGAAUUCUUUCAAGCUCCCGCUGCCUUCCGCAUGUUGCACAGGCAAUGCUAACGGGAGAGCCUGCCAUCGUGGAAGGAGCAGCUUCUUUAUUGAAGGCAAUCGUUACUCGUAAUCCUCAAGCAAUGGUCAGGCUUUACAACACUGGUGCCUUUUAUUUUGCACUCUCUUAUGGAGGUUCAAACCUGAGUUCCAUCGCCAGUCUAUUUGCUGUCACUCAUGUUCAUCAAGCAUUUCAUGGUGGUGCGGAAGCAGCUGUUUCUUCUUCUUUACCUUUGGCCAAACGAAGUGUUCUCGGUGGAUUACUGCCCGAGUCAUUGUUAUAUGUGCUGGAAAGAAGCGGCUCCCCUUCGUUUGCUUUGGCAAUGGUCGCUGAUUCGGAUACACCAGAAAUAAUUUGGACUCAUAAGAUGCGUGGGGAGCGUCUUAUAGAUCAGACACUAAAACACCUUGGAGAGUUUCCGGCAAAGUUGUCUCAGUUUUCCCAUUGCUUAUAUGAAUAUGCACCUAUGCCUCCUGUGACAUAUCCAGAGCUGCAAGAUGAAAUGUGGUGUCAUCGUUAUUACCUUCGAAAUCUUUGCGACGAGAUCAGGUUCCCGGAUUGGCCGAUUGUCGAACAUGUGGAGUUCCUCCAGUCUUUGCUUAGUAUGUGGCGUGAAGAGCUCACGAGACGUCCAAUGGAUCUUUCGGAGGAAGAAGCUUGCUCUAUCUUGGAAAUUUCCUUGGACGAGGAUGAGACAUCUUCACACAACGCUGAGCCCCCUGAAGAUGAAGAAGGCAAAGUACCUAGUAAACUUUCUGGGCGGGUUGACGAGGACCUUCUUAAACGACAAUACAGGAAGAUGGCUAUGAAAUAUCAUCCAGACAAAAACCCGGAAGGCCGAGAAAAGUUCGUUGCAGUCCAAAAAGCAUACGAGCGUUUGCAGGCUACUUUGCAAGGACUUCAGGGACCUCAACCAUGGAGAUUAAGGCUGUUAUUGAAAGGGCAGUGUAUACUGUUUAGAAGAUACGGAGACGUGUUGGAACCUUUCAAAUAUGCUGGAUAUCCGAUGCUGCUGCAAGCGAUAACCGUUGAUAGCGAGGACAACAAUUUUCUCUCGUCCGAACGGGCUCCGCUUUUGGAAGCUGCAACAGAGCUCGCAUGGUUAACGUGCUUGUCUUCAGCCUUAAAUGGUGAGGAGCUUGUGCGAGAUGGUGGAGUGCCUCUUCUAGCAACGCUUCUUUCGCGUUGUAUGUAUGUUGUGCAGCCGAACACAGCACCAAACGAUCCAGCUGCGGUCAUAGUCACGAACGUGAUGCGGUCUUUCGCCGUAAUAAGUACAUUUGGAAGCGCCCUGCAGGAAAUAGUGAUGUGUCCGGGAUUCGUGGAAGAUGCUGUACAUUGUGCUGAACUGGAGCUUGCAACUUCUGCUGUAGACGCUGCUCUGCAAACCAUUGGUCUACUUGCUGCUGCUCAAGAUCUUCAGAAUAAGCUGCUUAAUGCUGGAGUCUUCUGGUAUCUAUUACCUUUGCUUUUGCAAUACGACUCUACCGCAGAAGAUGGCGAUGCGACGGAGCCUCAUGCUGUUGGCAAUAGUGUCCAGGCUGCCAAGAAUACACAUGCAGUAUUAGCAGCCAAGGCUUUGUCUCGAAUAUGGGGUAUUUUGGAUGACAAACUUAGUAGUCCCCACAAUCCUACGGCAGCAACUGUAUUGCGAUCGUUGUUGACACCGAAGCUAGCAUCACUGCUCCGCGAGGAGUCCCCGAAGGAGCUUUUGCUUAAGCUUAACUCGAACUUGGAAUCGCCCGAGAUAAUUUGGAAUUCCACGACAAGGUCGGAGCUUCUCAAGUUUAUUGAGAAGGAACGUGUUUCUCCUUGUCCAGAUGGAUCUUUCGACAUGUCUGCUGCCCAGGAGUUCAAAUAUAAGACUUUGAGCAACGAACUGCACGUUGGUGACGUCUAUCUCAGAGUUUACAACGAGCAGCCAGAUUUCAAAAUUAGCGAACCGGAUCUAUUCUGUGAAAAUCUGAUGCGAUACAUCUGUGCGAUCGUCGAACAGAGGAAAAACGCUGACAAAGAACACGCAACUAUAUCGCAGCCUGACGGUGAAGAAGAAAGUUCCGAGGGAAACAAAAAGGAGUCCGGCGCUAUACUUGUUGAAAACUUGACAAUGGCACUUACGUCCUUGCAGAAUUUACUGACUGCAAACCCUGGACUGUGCUCUGUAUUUUCCACCAAGGAGCAAGUGGCGCCGUUAUUGGAGUGCCUUUUGGACACAGAGCCUGGAAGUGGUCAAAUACCGGAGCUAUGUUUGAGUAUCCUCUCACAAUUGACGUCCUUCGCUCCCUGCGUGGAAGCCAUAGCAAGCGACAGAUCUGGAUUACUACUACUUUUGCAACUGCUGCUGACUUCACCGGCCUGCAGAGAUGGAACGCUACGUGUUUUGUAUGCUCUUGCAAGUACUUCUGAGCUUGCUUGGGCAGCUGCAAAGCAUGGAGGCGUAGUCUACAUUCUCCAGCUUCUUUUACCCCUUCAAGAAGAAAUACCCAGUCAACAGCGGGCUGCAGCAGCUUCUUUGUUGGGUAAACUUCUCAGCCAGCCUAUGCAUGGUCCAAGAGUAGCUAUUACUCUCGGUCGGUUUUUGCCGGAUGGCUUAGUCUCUGUCGUCAGGGACGGACCUGGUGAAGCUGUUGUGAUAGCACUUGAGCAAACUACUGAGACUCCUGAGCUUGUAUGGACUCCUGCUAUGGCAACUUCUUUGAGUGCGCAACUCGCCACUAUGGCUGCUGAUCUCUAUCGGGAGCAAACGAAAGGAAGAGUUUUGGAGUGGGACUUACCGGAACAACCAGCUGGUCAGCAAGAUAUGCGUGAUGAGCCUCAGGUUGGCGGCGUGUACGUAAGAUUGUUCCUGAAAGAUCCGAAGUUUCCUCUUCGGAAUCCCAAGAGGUUUUUGGAAGGACUUCUGGAUCAGUAUGUAGCCGCCGCUGCCGCGACUCAUGCAAGAGGACCUCAACCUGCAGAUGCCGAACUUCCUUUGCUGCUCUCAGCAGCACUAGUGUCGCUUCUACGGGUUCAGCCCGCUCUUGCUGAUCAUGCCGGUCACCUGGGAUAUGUUCCAAAACUCGUGGCUGCUAUGGCCAAGGAAGGACGAAGGGAGAUUAUGUCGUCAGCAGAGAUAAUGGUCUCGACUGGUGGUAUCAAGGACGAGUCUUGGGAUUUGGACGAUGGUGACAAGGGCCAAACACUACAGGAACGCGUCAGAUUGAGCUGCUUGCGAGUUCUUCAUCAACUUGCUUCCAGCACAGUGUGUGCCGAAGCCAUGGCAACGUCUGGACUCGGCUCUCCACAGGUUGUUCCUCUUUUGGUGAAGGCCAUUGGAUGGCAAGGCGGUAGUGUUCUCGCUUUGGAAACAUUAAAGCGAGUGACGGCCGCGGGUAAUCGUGCGCGUGAUGCUCUAGUGGCCCAAGGAUUGAAGGUUGGACUCGUGGAGAUCUUGCUAGGAUUGCUUGAUUGGCGAGCCGGUGGCAGAAACGGUUUGUGCCAGCAAAUGAAGUGGAACGAGUCCGAGGCAUCAGUUGGGCGAGUCUUAGCCGUCGAGAUUCUACGUGCCUUUGGCGAGGAAGGCGCUCACUCUGCCAGAGUUCAGGAGAUUUUAAAUUUGUCCGAGGUGUGGAAUGCAUACAAAGACCAGAAGCACGACUUGUUCCUGCCAUCAAACUCUCAGAUGGCCGCGGCUGGAAUAGCUGGCCUGAUCGAAGGCUCCACCGCCGGUGUCACUUACUCGUUGCCAGCUCCAUCCGGCGCGAAAUCUCCUCGAGUCAAGGUAACACCGGGGCCUUCUCACAUUCCUCCUUUGGAUUGAGACUACGGGAUAUGUUUGUAUCAUAGCAACAGCUUUAGAGGCCUCCGCUCAAAACAUUUGGUACGGUACAUAUUUGGAAUUUUCGGGUCAGGUCAGCUUGUAAAUUCUUUGUAUAAUUCGCACUCGCUGUUAAUAAGAGGGAGAGAGAUAGCUUCGUGUUUUUUACGCCUACCACCGCGUCACAGAGCAGUCCAGGUGAUGGAAACGAUGAUCAUGCGACAAAAGAAGUAUUUUUCAAACCGCCACCACCGCUUCUCAUGAUUUCUAUCAGCACUCUGAAGCAACCGAGCAGCGGCAGUGAUGAUCUUCGUGAGCUCUCGAGUGGCGGGGAUCAGCGUGUUCACUUGCCGCCAUUUCCUCAUCGCAAGCACCACCCGCCGCCUCCAUUCUUCUACCGGUCGCCACCUCCGCCAUCGCCUCCACCGCCGUCGCCACCUCCGCCACCAUCGCCACCUCCACCGCCGCCGCCGCACCACCACCACUUGGCUCCCUUUCCUCAUCGCAAACACCACCCGCCGCCUCCAUUCUUCUACCUGUCGCCACCUCCGCCAUCGCCACCACCACCUCACAGGCAUCCUACAAGGCAUCCAUGCCUUGGAAAGCGCGAGUUUUCUCCACUUAAGCUGGUCAUCCAAGGCAGGGUCGUGUACAAGAUCGACAAAGGACUCGAAGGUGCGAGAGUUAAGGUGGAAUGCUUCACAGGCACAGACGCUAAGGACGCCUAUGGAUACACCAAUUCCUUUGGAAACUAUGAGGUGAUGGUGAGCGGCCUGGAGAUUGGCACGGCUGAUAUCAAUUACUGCGCGACCUCUCUUGCCGGAGGUGGAAAAACACGCGAGAGAAGUAGCGAUCUUACUCUAAAAUUUGUGACAAAGAAGGAAGUAGUGCUCCAAGCCAAAGAUAUAGUGGCCACUUGAUAGAUAAUGUUAAAAGCUCUACAGUUUAAAUUA